GAAGUGUUGAAUGAAUGCAUUAUUGCAUUGAAUGUGAUAUUCAUAUGAAUAGUAAAAGCUAUUAGUCUUAAGCGUUAUCACAAUAAUUACCAUAAAUUAAGUGAUAAUUAGACACUUGACUCGAGAGGAUUGAUAAUCAAUAGGAUUAGUGGUAAGAGUGAAGACAAUGUAUUCGGUAUCGAAGGAACACAAGGGCCACAAGAUAUUAGCCAAGACUAGAAGAGCAGGGAUUCCCCAGAAGUUGGAUAACUUGGAGACCAAUACAAGAGAUAAUAGCAAUGGCUUUCGGAGGGACUUCAAUGGCUUCCACGCCAACGAUUGUCUUAGCGGCUCAUCAAACCCGCGACCAGUCUUUCAUAUGAAUGGCCGCAAGACUUACCAUCAAAGGAGUCAAAGCGAAGGGAUUAGUGCUCAACACCAAGAAAUGGUUCAAUACAUCCACGAAAGCUGGAAAUGCGUGAAAAGAGAUUUGGACACAAGUUUAAGACACGGUAUGAGUGGAGACCAUAAGAGCUCGCAGAACAUUAAAGAGAUAAAAGUGCCUCAAAUCAGUUAUCAUAAACUCGAUAAGACCUCACAUCUGCCAAAAUUCGAGCCCUUCGAUCUCGAGAGCUUUUGGGGACAAAGACUUUUCCAGAAUAUCACUCAAUCCACUUAAACACCAAUUUUUAGAUUUAGUUUUCAUUGAUUAUUGUGUUCUUUGAAUUUAGUUUUGAGUUAUUUUUGCAUAAAAAUUGAUUGAAUGCACGGAAAAAAUAGUCAAUUCAUUCCAAUUUGAUUCAAAAUCUUCUCAAUCAAUAUAA